AUGUCAACGGCACAGCAACUUCAGGUGAGAUUUUUUUGAAUUAAAAAUUUUUUUAUUUUUUUUUAUUUUAUCAAAAACUUUCCUUUAUUGAAGCUCGUAUUUUACAAUUUUACAUAUUUUUUUAAAUAAAAAAAUAAUACAAUAAAAAAUACGUAUUUUAUAAAGUAAAGUAUUUUUUAUGUCUUAUUUUUUUUUGGAUUAUUAUAAUUUUAGAAAAUGAAAAAGCCAUGCCUCUAUUAUAUUUACAUACUGCCUCUAUUAUAUUUACAUAUUUUCCGAAAAGUAAAAAUGAAGUGUUUGUUUAAAUACGAAGUUUCUAUUUCUUUUAUCAAUUUUUUUUCAGCGAGCCCUUGAAGAACGAGCCAAAGAAAUCACCGAGCUACAAAACAAACUGCGGCAGUGUGAAAAUGACAGGUAAAAUACGGAAACUGAGGUUCAUUUUUAAAGAUUUUUUAUAUCAAAAAUAAAAAAAAUAUUUUUUUGUUAUUGAAAACAUUGUUUUUUGCAAAAAUAUUUUUAAUUAUUAAAAAUAUAUUUUUUCAUUUUUUUAACGUAAAAAAAUAGAAUUUAAAAAAUCAAUGAUUUUUUUUAUUUUUUUUUUAUUUUUCAUUUUUAUUUUUUAUUUUCUUUUUUUUUUUAUUUUUCAUUUUUUAUUUUUUUUUCUUUUCAAUUUUCCUAUUUUUUCAGAGUUCAAUGGGCGAAUCAGCGAAAAAUGUUCGAGUCGCGACAACCCCCGGACAUCCAGCAACUCAUGGCUCAAAAACGCGAACUCCAGCAGCAACUCCAACGGGAAGAAUCGGAAAAACAAGAACUGUUUAUGCAAAUUAAUCAGCUCAUCGGGGAGAUCGCGGACAGCCGCUCGAAACCCGUGGUGCCCGACCUAAGCGACGAGAAUGGCCGUUUGAAGGCGCAAGUGUCGCAACUCACCGGUGAAAAUGAAAAUCUGCAACGAGAAAUCUCGACGACCAGGCAGAAAUUGAGAGAGGAGCUGGAGAGCGAGAGGAAUCAGCUGAAUGUGAUGCGGAAAAGCCACAACUUGGAGGUGGAACGGCUGAAAGAGGAGACCCAAAGGUACAUGAAGGAGCUGGAGAAUAGCAAUGCUGCUAUUCAGAGUCUGAAGUUGGCGAAAUCUGUGAGUUAAAUAUUAUAAAUUUAAGGCACCUUAUCAGCCUGGAAUUUGAGUUUAAAAUUUUUAAAAAAAAAGUCCUAGUAAAUAAGGAAAAUAGUGAUUUUCAAAAUUUUUAUGGCUUUUUUGAGUCUUUUUUUGCUCCAAAAAUAAAUUUGUUUUGCUGGUCAGUCUGAAGCUGGAGAUUUGGUUCGCGAUAGCGGUGAGGCGAGAAAUUUUGCUGCGACGACCCGCCGUUAUUUUCCCGACAGACUGAUAGGAUACGGAUUUUUAAAGGUUUGCAGAGACCAUCGAGAGUUUUAGGCUUUACUUUGAAAAUAAAAUUUUUUUUUAUAUUUGUUUGACCUAAAAAUUCAGCGAAAAUAAAGAAAGAUCUUUGAGGCCUCAGAACUCCAUUUUACAUUAUAAUGUACCUUCGUUUAUCCUUUUACAUAUUUAUUAGUCUGUCGGGAAAAUAAUAAACAAAAUGUCGCUGUUCCGAUCGCGUCGCUGAAUUGAAAAGCAAUUUGAUUUUGUCUCGACAGGCGAUGUGAUUUUUGAUGCGACAGAGGGCACAUUAUUUUCCCGACAGACUGAUAUAACGAAUACUUUUUUUUGAUUCUUAAAAAUUCAAAAAAAAAAUCAGAAAUCUUAAUUUUUACCACAAUUUUUUUAGCUAUCCAACGAUUCCAACCUCCAAAACGAAGUCAGCCAGCUCAAAUCUCAGGUCGAGUCGUUAACUCGAACCAACCAAGACCUUUCAUCUUACAAAAAAGAGUUAGAACAGAACCUGGCCAAGUCAAAAGACCUCAAUUCCCAACUGGAAAGUCGGAUAUUGGACCUGGAGUCACGGUAUCGCGACUUAUCAAGCCGAAAUUCCUCCUUGUUCAUCAAAUUGGGCCUGUCGCCGCAAAGCGAUGUGGACCUUUUGGAGCGAAAAAUCGAUGGAUUAAGGGAGGAGAAGGAGAACGAAGUCAAUAAAAGGUGAGAAAAUAUUUUUUCUCGUACAGGUUUUUUCGAGAAAUAUGGCAGAAAGUUUUUGCGAAUAUCUUUGUGCUUUUUUUAGUUAUCCAAGAAAUUUAAAUUGAUUUUAAAAUUUGAUGAUAGGCGAGUUUAGGAUAUGCAAAAGAUUUUUUUGUUGCGUCGGCGGAGAAACCAUUUUUCGGCGGAGACAUUUGACGUCUUUUUUGAAAAUUGCAUCUCGUUACAAUCAAAAAUCUUUUAGACACUAGAAGCUAACAAUCCGAGACGUCCCUAAAGUCAAUUUUUCGCAAAAUUGACCGCUAUAAAACGACACCUUUGUCUAGCAAAUACAUUUUUUAGUCCUUGUCGAUUCGUUGUGCAGAGAUUCAAAAUAAUUUUAUUAUUUUAUCCGAUCAAAAACUUUCAAGAGCUUUGUAACCCUAAGUUCAUCCGUAACAUCAAAAUUAUGCAAUAUCAGUUUGUCGGGAAAAUAAUGAGCACAAUGUCGGUGCCCCGAUCGGGUCGCAGAAGUGAAAAGAAAUUUGAUUUUGCCGCGACACAAUUCAUUUUCUCGGCGACGAUGCGAUUUUCCAAGCAACAGAGUGCUCAUUAUUUCCCCGACAGAGUGGUAUUUUUUCGAGAGAAAACGGAAAAUAAGGAGAGUUGACCAGAGAAAAAAAGUUGUUUUGCCUAUUUCGUCGCGGAGUUUUGCUCAAAAAAUAUGAUUUUUGUGCUAAACAUUAUUAUCUUAUAUCUAUUAGAGCUUGAAAUUUUGGAUUGGAAAUUUGAAAUAAAAAAAAAAAAAAAAAAAAAAAAAUUUGAAAAAAAUUCCGAUUUUUUAUUCCCUUUAGUCGGCCAAAAGAUUGAAAUCGUAUUUUACCAUCAAUUUCACACCCAAUUCUUUCCAGAAAGACCCUCGAAAACGAAGUCUCGGACCUCCGUAAAUCCCUCAAUUCUUCAAAUUCCCAUCAAACCGAGCUAACCCGACAAAUCAACGAUCUCAAAGCCGAAAACACCCGUCUUCAGGACUCGGAAUCAUUGGAAGAUGAGCUCCACACUCUUGUCUCUUCAUUACAAGCAGCAAAAGAUGAGGCGGCCGCAAAGGAUUCGGAGAUAAACCAAUGGAGGAGUAGGGCGAUCAGUUUGGAUGAGCAAAUUGCUGAGCAAAAGGAUGAAAUCUCGAGGCUACGGUAG